UUCAAGUUGCUCAAGAUGAAAUCGUUCUUAUUCCUGGUCUUGGCUGUGGCCGCAGUCACCGCUGUCCCCACCCUGCAGAAGCAGAAGCCGGUGCCCGUCAAGGACAUCGAGGGCCGUAUUACCAACGGCUACCCAGCCUAUGAGGGCAAAGUGCCCUACAUCGUUGGUCUGGGCUUCAGCGGCAACGGUGGCGGUUGGUGGUGCGGUGGUUCCAUCAUUGGCAACACCUGGGUCCUCACUGCUGCUCACUGCACCAACAGUGGCGAGUCUGUGACCAUCUCCUAUGGCGCCAGCUACCGUACCCAGCCCCAGUACACCCACUGGGUCAGCCGCAACGACUUCAUCCAGCACGAACACUACAACAGCGGCAACCUGCACAACGACAUUGCCCUGAUCCGCACUCCUCAUGUCGACUUCUGGUCCCUGGUCAACAGGGUUGAGCUUCCCAGCAUGAACGACCGCUACCAGAGCUACGCUGGAUGGUGGGCUGUUGCCUCUGGAUGGGGUGGCACCUAUGACGGUAGCCCAUUGCCCGAUUGGCUCCAAAGCGUUGAUGUCCAGAUUAUGAGCCAGGAGGAUUGCUCCCGCACCUGGUCCCUCCACGACAACAUGAUUUGCAUCAACACCGAUGGCGGCAAGUCGACCUGCGGUGGUGACUCCGGCGGCCCAUUGGUCACACACGACGGCAGCCGUUUGGUUGGUGUUACCUCCUUCGGUGCUGCUGCUGGUUGCCAGGCUGGCUACCCAGCUGUCUUCUCCCGUGUCACUGGCUACUUGGACUGGAUCCGCGACCACACUGGCAUCUCCUACUAAGUGUGUUUCAUAGCGUCUCAGUUGAAUUGGGAAGUUUUGAAUAAAAGUAUAUGAUUUAAAAAAUA